GCUACGCUGUUUUGAUUGGCUAGAAUCUGACCGUGUACUAUGCUCGUCUGUUAGCAUUCUAGCUGUUAGCUAGCAAAGCAAUGCAGCUAUAGUCAAUUCUUCUACCAAUCCUCUGUGAAAUUAACCCACCAGUUCGUCAAUUUACACACACAAAAAAGAACCUGUUUUUGGUCUCCUAUUUUUAACGAUUUUUCUACUGAUCAAUGAUGACUGGUUAUCCUCCUCCUGCACAGAGAUGACCCCCCGUUCUUCAGGGAAAGGUCAGAAUGGGGCCAGAUGUGCCCCUUCUUAAUGAAUACAAGCAGGAGUUCUUCUGGAAGCGCUUCCCCCAAACUGUAUUGGGAGGUCCGCGCUUUAAGUUGGGCUACUGUGCCCCACCGUUUGUUUAUGUUAACCAAGUGGUUUUGUUCCUAACACCAUGGCUUUUUGGGGGCAUCGGCACACUACUCUGCCAGCUGCAGGUACUUCAAGAACUUCAUGCUGCCGUGCUCUCUGGUAUGCUUAUGUUUGCUGCUGCAGUGGCUGUCCAGGCCCUGGCACAGUAUGCAGCGCGUAAGAGUAGCACAGUGGAGAGGCUUGGUGCACCCAAUAUUUUGGUUGAUGAAGAGGAAGUGGAAUUCACCAACUGUGUCAGCCCAGAAACAGUUCGAUUCAUUGCUCCUGGGAAGCGCUUUGGACUUAAUGUGGUGCUGCAUACAAUUCUAGCUGGAGUUCUGUGUGGCUUUGGAACAUGGUAUGUGUUCCUUGGUAGACUUACUGCUCUCUAUGGUAGCAUUGGUGUUUCCCUUGUAGUCUUUGUCCUUAGUUGGGUGACACUAUGUAUAGCUGAGUAUUCCUUGAUUGUAAAUACAGCCACAGAGACAGCUACUUUCCAGGCACAGGACACUUAUGAGAUCACCCCACUCACCCGGCCUCUCUAUAUUUUUGCUUUCAUCGCCGUGGACUUGGCUUAUCGGUUUUCAAAUCCUGUUCCUGAGCUCCAUCUUUCCAGUCAGACUCUCCAUGUGCUGUUCCUCUUUUUACCUCUGCUGUGGGCGUUGGGUAUACUGCCUCCGCUGGAUGCCUUGCUCCUCUGGGGCAUGGAGCAGGCUCUUGUCUUUGGCUUAGGUGGCUCGCCCAUGUCUAGCAACCUCAGGCUGCUAUUAAUGUUUAGCUUAUCCACCAGUGUAGCUGUAUGUAAUUACUUUAUUCCGUCAACACUGGGGGUGGUGCUGUUCUCCGUCUCCAUGGGAUUCCUCCUCAGCCUGGACCUUAGCCAAGUUCACACAUUGUGCAGGAGACCCAACACAACUUUCAGGAACCAUGUACUACAUAGAGAGGUCUCUCAGCUGUCACCUCCUAGUUCAUUUGGAUGGACUCUUGGCAGCAGGGAACUUCUUCUACAUUUAAUUCUGCUCCUCGUGGCCAUGGCAGAGGGAGGACUCCUUCAUCACUUCACCGGACCUGUUCAGUCUCUGUUACAGGCUCCUAUUAGCUACCUCCUCCUCGCAAUCUUCUGCGUCUGUUGGGCUAUAAGAGAGAUCCAGGAGGCUUAUGUGUUUGGUGGGAUUUUUCUCAAUCCUUUUUACCCCAGAGGGAUGUCCAAUGUGCAAACCUUCAAGCAAAAGAGUAAAGGGUUGUACAUCGCUGCUGCAUUCAGAAGAAUCCUCCUUUAUCUUGUGUCUCCAUUUGCAAUGAUAGCGUUCCUCUCUAUGGACAAAUCUCUGCAGUUCACCCACAGGGUCUCCGUCAGCGUGGGAUUCACACGAGCUUUCAGAGUGGUAUGGCAGAGUUCAGAAGAUGCUCUACUUCAGAUGGUUAUUGUGGUUUUAUUACGAUUUGCAGAAGGAAGUAAAAUACUUUCAGGGUGGGAUGACUUGGGAACUGAAGUUCAGCUUCUUCUGGUGGGACUCCUAAUCGACAGAUUAAGGCAGUUUGUGGCCAAACUAAAGUUCACGCUCACAGUCUUGGUGACCUCUUGGACAGAGAAGAAGCAGCGCCGUCAGUCAGCUGGUAUUCUCCUGGCCCUGAACGCAUCCCUGUGCCCACUUCUGCUGGCAGUUGUGGCCCUUUCUGCCCUUCUCUCUGCCCCCUUGUUGCCUCUUUUCACACUCCCAAUCUUCCUUGUGGGAUUUCCCCGGCCUCAGCGCAGUUGGCCGGGCCCUGUGGGCACCGCCUGCCCCUGUCCAGAUUCAGUCUUCUACAAGCAAAUGAUUGGUAGUCUCGCAUCUUCUCUGAGGACCGCCUUUGCAAGAGGGUCACUUGGUUCCUUAACCCCAGGUUCUCAUUUUCUUGGCCGCUUCCAGGAUCGUAUGGUUUGGAUAAUGAUUCUGGAGAGAGGAUAUGGCUACUGCACGGUCAACAUUAAGGGUCUUGAGCUACAGGAGACAUCUUGCCACACGGUGGAAGCCCGGAGAGUUGACGAAGUGUUCGAGUCCGCUUUUGAACGUCCUGAACGUCUUGGCUUUAGCCACGGUUUUAACCCGCACUGGGGAAACGCUCUCACUCCCUGCGCCGCGCUCGAAGUGCGGGUAUAUUCUGAUGCUCGAAAUGUGCUUUCUGGCAUCAUUGACUCGCAUGAAAACUUGAGGAAACUUCAAGAUGACUUCAUGAAAGUUCUGAUCUGGCUGCUCCUUCGAUAUUGUGUACAGAAGCACAAAGGGUUUCUAUGGAGCAGCCAGGAGGGGUCAGGGAUUUGGGGAAUGAAGUCCCAGUCCUCACAGUUUGCCCAGACCACAUGUAACCAGCCACCUGAAGCUGUUAUGGUAGAAUCAAAUAUCUCCUCUGUCAAAUUCAGACAGGACAGCUCCAGUAUGACUUCUUUUGGUGACUGGUCAGACGAGGAUGAUCUGUUUGGACCCCAACCAGCUAAACGGACUGUGGCAUUAGUGACUGCAGAGGCUCAUCCUGGACACACAUCGCUAGAGACCGGAGCUUCUUUGCCAGGUUCUGUAGAAAUGGAUAGCCUUUUUGAAAACAUGGCACUCUCUGCUCUUCAGCCCCUGCAGCCUCUGGGACUGGGCAUCGGGAUGCCCGCUGUAGAUAAAGGAUUAAACCCGGAACUCUUCAGGGAGAACCCCCAUCUAAACUUCAGCUGUCCCUAUUCAGAAUUAUUCAACCUACCACCAGGGUGGAGGACAGCCCCGUUACUACCCUCCUGCUUGCUGUCACUUCGGCCUUUAUUUCCAGAGGAAUGGUUCCGGUUUACGUUGGGGCGGUUUGGGGUUGCCAUGCAGGGACAGACCUCGGAGGACAUGAACAAAGCACUGAAGGAAGAUGAGGUUUUGAAAGAACUGCAUGUUAAGGUCGCACUGUCAUGCCUUGUCUCACUUGGUGCCGAGUCGGCCUUCAAUAGUCCCAGUUACAUAUACAGGGUGUAUUGUGGGGAUGUGCCAUGGACGGAAGGACUGGACUGGCUAUCAUCAAGUAAAGAACUUUACCAGCUCACACUAAAAGCAUUCAGGCUAAGUUUCAAGCUCUUGUUUGAUCAGGCUAGCCUUGGGCCAAUGGAGUCCUACGAGGAGUUGUUCAGCACUUUAGAAGAUUAUGAAAGAGACUGGUACAUCGGCCUGGUGACAGAAAAAGGCUGGCACGACAGCGUCCUUCAGGAGAAGCCCUUUCUAUUUUCCUUGGGACACGAUCUCACCAUGGGUACCUACACAGGCCGUGUCCUGUCCCUGCAGGAGCAGUUGGUGCAGGUCGGACGCUUAAAUGGCGAAGGGGUUCGAGGCCAGUGGGCGAACCUCUCCUGGGAACUUUUGUACGCCACAAAUGAUGACGAAGAGCGCUACAGCAUCCAGGCUCACCCUUUCAUGCUUCGAAACUUAACCGUUCAGGCUGCCGAUCCUCCUCUAGGGUACCCCAUUUACUCAUCUGCUCCCCUUCACUUCCCCUGCCUCUGACCCUAUCGUUUUUACACAUACUGGAGGGGAAUCACUUUCUUUACAAUUGGUAAGGAAACUGAAAACGGCCUGCCGUACAUUUUUAAAAAUGUUUUUAUCAUUUUCUUGUGAUAGCGAGAUCAACUCUAACCGUUUUAAGUCUCUUUAUUUUGUGGUAAACAACAAAAACAGCAGAAGAGAAAACUCGCAAAAGUUUUUAUUUUUUUUAAGUCUAUUUUUUUGUUGUCAAUUUUUCAUCUAUUAGUGGAUCUACGUACCUCAAACUCCUUAAGUCUUGUCAUGUACCAGCCCCCACCCCUUUCCCCCCCUAAAACCUCUGAACAAACAGGUUGAAUGAUAGAAUCAAGGGCCGAUGUGCAUCUGCACAUGGUGCAUUCACUGAGCUCUGGACAUUAGUGGACCCAAACAGCCAGUCAGCCCAAUACAGUUUGCUACAAUACCUUUGUCAUUUUUAUACAAUCCAGAGCAAAA